AUGACUGGAGUCUUUGACAGUCUGGUGGCUGAUAUGCACUCGAAUCAGAUCACUGCUUCCAGCAGUUACCACCAACACCACCACCAGCACGGCGGCAGCGGCGGCAGCAGCACGAGCCUGCACAAGCCCCAAGAGUCCCCCACGCUGCCGGUGUCCACCGCCACGGACAGCAGCUACUACACCAACCAGCAGCACGGGGCAGGGGGCAGCGGCGGCGGAGGCGGAGGGUCCCCCUACGCACAGAUGGGCUCGUACCAGUACCACGCCAGCGGCCUCAACACCGUCCCCUACUCUGCCAAGGCGGGCUACGACCUGGGCUACACAGCGGCGUACAGCUCCUACGGGCCCUACGGAACCAACUCCUCUCCGGCCAACAAUGAACCCGAAAAGGAAGAAUGCGAGCCCGAAAUCAGAAUAGUGAACGGGAAGCCAAAGAAAGUGAGGAAACCUCGCACUAUUUAUUCCAGUUUCCAGCUAGCAGCUCUUCAGAGGCGAUUCCAGAAGACUCAGUAUCUGGCACUACCGGAAAGAGCCGAACUGGCCGCCUCCCUAGGCCUCACACAGACUCAGGUCAAGAUUUGGUUCCAGAAUCGUCGGUCUAAGUUCAAGAAGAUGUGGAAAAGUGGAGAGAUCCCUUCAGACCAGCACCCCGGGAGCAGUGCCUCACCCCCCUGUGCAUCACCUCCAGUCUCAGCACCGACUACCUGGGACUUUGCCCCUCACCAGCGGAUGAGCAGUGGAGGAGGCAGCGGAGGUAGCGGUAGUGGAGGUGGGGGUAGCUCAGGCUCCAGUCCCAGCAGCGGUACUUCUGCUUUUUUAGGCAACUAUCCAUGGUAUCACCAGGCUUCCAGCUCGGCUUCUCACCUCCAGGCCAGUGCACCACUGUUACAGCAUCCUCAGCCUCCGCAGCCCCAUCACCACCACCAUCCCCACCACCAUCAUCAUCACAGCAGCAGCAGCUCAGCAGUGAAUGCAGGGACGAUAUUCUAA